CCUGCCUAGUCCUGUUAGACCCUUACACACAGACUGUAGGAGUAGGUGACUGUAAUUGAGACCAGUUCAGCUAUUAAAAGGCUGUUUUUUGCUAGAGCACACAUUUGGACAAUCGUAUAUUUUGGAGAGCAUACUGUUAACGUAAAAUGGCUUAGUUUAUUGGAGUUGUUAUUCUUUUACUGGUGAAUAUCGUAUCAAACGGUGUCUUUUGACCGACUUACCCCAGUGCUCACAAAGUUUCAAAUGUUACACUUUAUCCUUAAGCACCACAACGCACUACGGGAAUCAGAAAUGAAAACAGCACCGACACCAUUCAGCGCAUUUUGCUUUGGGAAGUAUUUCAAAUGGCUUGAUACACGACUUUUUUUUAACUUUUGAUCUGUGGCUGCGACAGUUAACGGACUUUGGUUACCAUUAGGCUCGUUUUGCAUUUGGACAGGCGACUGAAGCUCCAAGACAGACACACUUGGGAUUCCGGAGAGUACAGCGGGACAACACCAUGACCAGCUGCUGGCUUGCCUUGGUCGGAUUGUGGUGGAGCACUUAUUACUGCAUGUACCCGGUGACGGGGAGUAAUCAUUCACUGGAUGGAAACAACGAAGUGCACCCGGGUUUUAUCCACCGGCGGCUGCGGACGCACGAGAAGAGGGAGAUGCAGAAGGAGAUCCUGUCCAUCCUCGGGCUCCCGCACAGACCGAGACCGCAUCUGUCACACGGAAAGUACAACUCCGCUCCACUUUUCAUGUUGGACUUAUACAACACCAUAUCAAGCGAUGAGAAAAACCAAGAGGAAGGCAUGCUGAACGGACAUCAGUCCCCGCGGACAACCCAGAGCCCUCCUCUGGCCACAUAUGAAGAAACUACCUUUCUAAAUGAUGCAGAUAUGGUGAUGAGCUUCGUUAAUUUAGUGGAGUACGACAGUGAGGUUUCUCCACAGCGGCGUCACCAGAAGGAGUUCAAGUUCAACCUCUCACAGAUCCCCGAGGGCGAGGCUGUCACUGCAGCUGAGUUUCGGCUCUACAAGGAGUGUGUGAGCCGGACCUUCCGCAAUGACACCUUCGUACUCAAAGUUUACCAGGUGGUCAAAUUGCACCCUGACAGAGAGGCAGACUUGUUUCUGCUGGAGUCUCGCAGCCUGUGGGCAGCAGAGGAGGGCUGGCUGGAGUUUGACAUCACUGCCACCAGCAACUUGUGGGUGAUGAGCCCAGUGCACAACCUGGGCCUGCACGUCAGCAUGGAGACCAGCAGCGGUCAGAGCAUCAGUUCUAAGGAGGCAGGGCUUGUAGGACGUGAUGGUGCACUGGAGAAGCAGCCUUUUAUGGUGGCUUUCUUCAAAGUGAGUGAAGUGUACAUCCGCACAGCCCGCUCCACUGGCAGCAAACGUCGCCAGCAGAAUCACAACCGAUCCACACAACCGCAGGAAGGAUCCAGAGGGAUGGGCCUGGCAGAUUACAACAGCAGUGAUGAGAAAACAGCAUGCAGAAGACAUGAGCUCUACGUCAGCUUCCGAGAGCUGGGCUGGCAGGAAACAGAGAGAGGAAGAAAUAGAAGAGAACAAACAGACUGGAUAAUUGCUCCUGAAGGCUACGCAGCAAACUAUUGUGAUGGAGAGUGCUCCUUCCCCCUUAAUGCCCACAUGAAUGCCACCAACCAUGCCAUUGUACAGACACUGGUGCACCUGAUGAACCCUGAGAAUGUACCGAAGCCAUGCUGCGCCCCCACCAAGCUCCACGCCAUCUCAGUGCUCUACUUCGAUGACAACUCCAACGUCAUACUGAAGAAAUACAAGAACAUGGUGGUGCGGGCCUGUGGCUGCCACUGACACCAUCAAGGACCAAUAAUGCUUGAUUGAAAAAUGGGUUGGCAAAGGGCUGCAACUGCACCAGUGACUCCUGGAUGAGGUUGACCUCAAAUAUACACCAGUUUUCUUCCCAAAUUCUCAACAUGCAGGGCAUGUCCACCCUGAAAACCAUUUACAUGUUCUGUUCCAAUAAUCUUGGACAGUUCAAAACAUCCAUCUAUUAUAUGAUUUUUUUUGUCAAGGCUUCAAAUUAAGUGGGGACCACUGCAAAAAUGACACCAUAUGGGUGUGAUCUAUUGGCAACUUCACCCUAUUCCAGUGUUGAGUCACCAAAUGGUCCUUCUCCUUCUCUACUGGCUUUGGAGUUGAGUCUUUCUUUCAUGGGUCUGCAAGUGAAUGAAUGACUGUAUGUGUGUG